AUAUAAUGUAUUAAAUAAAAGAGCUUACAAGUGUUCAAAAGCGCAACUUUAAACCCACCCACUCACACAUCAGACGAGAAUAGAAACAUCGUCGACGGAGCAGUUCGUCGCGGGGCCAGACUGAGCUGGUCGAUGAGGGAGCGCCAACGCUCACGAGCAGUCCCCACUCGCAGUUGCCAUUUCUAUCAGACAUGAAUCGUAAUGCCGUGGAAUCCAUGAGGCGAGAAGAGAGCAUGAGAAUCCAUCGCACUUCAGCGAGGCUGUACCAGCUAUGCCCACAAUGCGAACUCGCCUCACGCAGCCCAUGUUGAGUUGCUGAUAGAAGCUCAGGAUUGACGGAGUUGGAUCCUCAUCAGAAUCUGAGCUCUGAAGGUGCUGCUUUACUUCUCUCUUGUUCUCUCUGUGUGGUGGAUUCCACGGGGUAAUGGGUACUUGGAUGCCGUUCCAUCUUCCAUCGUUCGGCGUUGUUGUGGUUGGGUUGUGAGGUGACGACGAUUCUGGUUUCGGGAUGGCGUUACGGUAGCCCUGCGGUCGGGGGAGAGCAGCUCAUGGUAGAGUGCUGGGUUCAAGACCCGUGUGGUGAUGCGACAGAGCUGCACUUUCUUUCCACGAGGAGUCUAGGAAUGUGCUAGCUCUGAUUGAGAGGAAGUUUGAGUUGCAUGGUUGUUGACGACGGUGGUAAAGGGUCGUUUUUGUUCUGUGAGGUUGGACCUGCGGACCCCGUGACGUUUAUGCAGGAGCUGUAUAUUGCAACUGAAACUAUGGGCCACCUCAACAUCAAAGAUAUCCUAGGAAUCUUGGGAAACAUUACUGCUAUCUGUUUGAUUACCUCACCGAUUCCCACCUUCGUCGACAUCGUCAAGAGGAAGUCAGUGGGAGACUACUCUGGCAUCCCCUAUAUAUGCACCCUUCUCAAUUGCCUGCUCUGGGUCGUGUAUGGCCUCCCGGUGGUUGAGCUUCAAGUGUUAGUGGUCACCAUCAACGCAGCCGGCGUUGUGAUUGAGAUGAUAUACAUCGGGUUAUAUUUGAAGAAUGCGCAGAGAAGCGUCAGGGUUAAGGUGAUGAAGGUUUUGCUAGCAGUUUUGAUCCUGUUCACUGCGAUUGCGGUGCUCGUGUUCGUACUCAUCCACGACAGAAAGACCCGCAAGCUUCUUGUUGGGACACUUUGCGCUGUAUUUGGAGUCGGAAUGUAUAUUUCGCCCCUUGCAGUCAUGAGGUUGGUAAUCUGGACCAGAAGUGUUGAAUAUAUGCCUUUCUUGCUCUCCCUGUUCAACUUCAUCAAUGGACUCGUUUGGUUUGGCUACGCGGUUAUUGGCCACCUUGAUAUCUUCAUUGCAAUUCCCAACUGCCUCGGUGCUCUGUCUGGUGUUGCCCAAUUGUCACUCUAUGCUUACUUCCGACCUGCGACACCGACAGUUCGUGACCGGAAUGAAGAAAAAGGCAACUCCAUGAAGUGGGUCUCGAGUUCCGUGUCCAUCCUGGUGGAGCAGAACGACCAUCCUCCCUUAAAUCAACCUUGUGGAUCUAUCGAGGCUCUUCAAAUUUGCGAGAAAGCGAGCAACUGAUGACAUUAUCUUUGUUCAGUCAUCCUGUUCUGUGAUACUGAGCUCGAUGUCUCUGAUUAUAAAUUAAUGGAUUCUGCCAGUGGAUGAUGGACAAGAUUGUUGAUAGCCUAAAAGAAAACAAGCCUAUCAAUUUCAUGACAGCACAUGAAAUUAGUUGUCGGUAAGGAUUAGAACUUACUGACAGUUGCUGUCUGCCUGCUCAUUGACAGCCAUACACCGACUUUUUGUAACGAUGAGAUUUUAGAUGUUCCAUCGUUGCCUACUGUGAAUUCAAUGUAAGUCUUACAGUAUAAUUUUUCUUUUCUUUUUUAUUUAUUUAUUUAUUUUUCAA